AUGUUGCUAAGAACAAUUGUUCUACCACGUCCAUCAUGUUCCCAGAUGAUAUCAAUCCUCAUGUUGUUAGUCCUUAUGUCUUGCAGGUGUGAAACUGCGACAAAUGAAUGUCUUUCUUCCCCUUGUCUCAACAAUGGCACUUGUAUUGACCGAUUCAAUAACUUCACCUGCAACUGUACGGCAGGAUUUACAGGACAUCGCUGUGAUGUCGACAUCGAUGACUGCGUGAUUAAUCCCUGCCAAAACAAUGCUACAUGUGUUGAUGGUAUCAAUCAUCGAACUUGUUACUGCCCCGCCGAGUUUUAUGGCGACGACUGCGGCAAAGUGCGAGAUGCAUGUCAUCCUAAUCCCUGUGACAACAACGCGAACUGCUCUUUCGCCGGGAACUCGUACUUCUGUAGCUGUGUGUUAGGAUUUGAGGGUAGAAACUGUUCAGUGAACAUCGACGACUGCAAAAAUGACUCCUGUGUUGCAAACACCACGUGCAUCGAUGGUGUUAAUAACUUUACUUGCCAGUGUCCAGCCGGGUUCCAUGGAGAGUUCUGUGAUUUGGAAAUCAAAGAGUGCGACUCGAAUCCUUGCAAGAACAACGGAACAUGUGUUGAAGGGAUUGAUGGCUAUAACUGCUCUUGUGCACUAGGAUUUAAUGGCACAAAUUGUGAGAACAAUAUCGACGACUGUCCGUCACAUAACUGUAACAACGGAACUUGUAUUGAUGGUAUUGACUCAUUCACGUGCAGUUGUACUUCAGGUUUCACUGGAGAAUUUUGUGACUCUGACAUAAAUAAAUGUAAUGGUAAGGGUACUUCAUAGUUAAAAACUUUUUACUUAAUUAAUAGGGGUUAUUUAGGCAACUUCAUGUGCCUUCAAAGUGCCCCCUUUUCUCCCUUGAGGACGACUUAACCUCUCAAGCCUCAUUACCUUACAAAUUCGCUAGACUGAUCUACAUUCAUUUCCUUUAAGAAUUAGUUCAGCGAAUUUGUUAAAAGUUCAAAGCGUUUUCCCAUAAUUCUCAUAAUCUUUUCUCUUGAUGAUGUAUGGAUUCUGUUAGGAUAAAAUUGCUGAAAGGGUUAAGGAGGCACCCUUAAGGCCUUCGAUAGUUGCUGUUAUUAGAAAUACGUACAUGCUAUCCUAGUUCGUAGCUUGAUCCUAGUUUCUUGUAAGCGACAGAUUUGUCUCCUGACAUCUGAACAUUUGAGUUUUGCAGCACGUUUGAGUCAUAUCGUGUGUUUGUACGUUUUAUUAUCAGGUAAUCCUUGCAAUUGUGGUACGUGUGUUAGUGUCCCUGGUUCAUACCGAUGCAAUUGUGAUCAAUGGACAACAGGUGUACACUGUGAGGUUGAUAUUGAUGAAUGUAAAAACCAGAGCCUCUGUAGCAAGCAAUUAAGGCAAGGUGUCUGCACCAACUACAACGCAGUGACGGAUCACCAGUGUAACGAUCCUCUGCGGAAAGGAUACGAGUGUUUUUGCAGAAAUGGGUUCCAAGGUAAAUUUAGCCUGCGUUACAGGAGGUAGAGGGAAAAGAUUCGUACUCGCUUAAGGCGCGAGAUGUGUGGAUGGGGUGCCGAUCUCGCCGCCAAAGAGUGCCCGAAUUCUUCUCUCCCCCCUCCACCCUGAAUAGUGCCUGUCAGGAAAGCGACCCGUAAUGAAGUGUAAGAAAAACCCCUUACGAUAAUGGCGUAGAUUAGGCGCUUUUCAUUUGCAGUAUCGGUUUCUUUCCGUUAUGAUAUUAUUUAUUUAAUUAAUAAACAGUUUGGCAAUUUGUACUACAACGUGCCGACCCCUAGUCUAUACUGUCGCGAGAAUCUCGUUAUUUCCCAAGGCGAUACUGUGAUUUUCGCAGAGAACAAUUCGAUGUCAUCGUGUCCUCGAUGUUUGUGAGGAUGUGCGUUGUUUGGGAAAAAUUCCAGUUCUAUAAGAGUAAUGCUUUUCUCUAUUCCAGGUCAUAACUGCGAAUUAAAUACCGAUGACUGCUUAAGUUCGCCUUGUAAAAAUGGCGCGACUUGCACCGAUGAGGUUUUUUCCUACACUUGUACAUGUGCAUCUGGUUGGACAGGAAAAAAUUGCGACACUGACAUAAAUGAGUGUGACCUACAUGUCUGCCAAAAUAACGCAACUUGUCUAAACUUAGAUGGAACAUACAACUGCACAUGUAAGCCUGGAUUUUCAGACUUCAAUUGUUCCACUGAAAUCAACGAAUGUGCAUCAAGCCCUUGUGUUAAUGGAAACUGUACAGAUCUGGUAAAUGGCUUCAACUGUACCUGUUUUCCUGGAUAUACAGGUAACCUGUUGAAACUCAAAUAGUUAUGGACUACAUUAAAGGGGCCAUGUCAUGCUCCUAUUUGAGUUUUUUCAAAAGGGCUGAAACUUGUCUUUGCAUCAAUUGAAUUCCAAAAAUAAUGGUCCAGUUUUGUUAUUAAACAGGGUUCACACAAUCUUGAAAUGUCCUUGAAAUUUAGGGGAAGUCCUUGAAAAGUCCUUGAAUUCCAUUUUUCCUUGAAAAGUCCUUAAAUUUCUUUGCAAGUCCUGUGAAUUUAGUGGCAUGGAAAGUGUUUUUUGUUGUUUUUUAUUGUCCAACUCAGAAUAUGAAUCAUGACUCAGAGCAUUUAAAGUUAUUUACACAAAGUGCUCAAUGUUUUGUGCAAUAAUUAACUAUCAAUUUAAGACUGACAAGUGAACUGAAAAAUUUAGAGAAGUUGUUGAAGCAAACAGAUCAAGCCUUAGAGCCUUAUAAGAAUAGACUGGAAAUGUGCAUUUUUGUACCAUAUGUGAAAUUAUAUUCCUAGUAGGUGGUCCUUGAAAAGUCCUUGAAAAAUAGUUGGGUUUUUUUGUAUGAACCCUGUUAAAGAAUUUAUUUAGGCAUUGAAACUGUUUUCUGUUUUCUGUCGUCUGUUUCAACGGAUGGCAAGGAUGGACAUGAAUUGAAACUGAUUAGUGCACCCUGAUGAAAUUUCUUCAUAACUCUACUGGAGAAGUUUGUGUAUGGGUGAAGGUAAUAAUAAUGACUUCAGUACAGACUCGCUACUUGUCGAGUUCGCUACGUUCGAGUUCGCUAUACUACCUGUUCGCUAUGUAUUACUUCUUUCUGUAAACCAUUUAAAAUAUUUCCUUAAUCCCACUAGAAAAAAAAAUAUUUUAAUAUAUUUCUUGUUCUUUUACGCUUCCCCUUCCAAAGGUGCAAGUUUUGGACUUUGCUAAUUGGCAGCGAGCCCAGUAUGUUGGUAGCGAACUCGAACGCAGCGAAUUUGAGAGGUAGCGAAACCGGUGUAAAGCCCCUCGUAACUACCCCGUUACCCUAUGAUUUAUGUCUACUAGCAGUGUAUCGUAAAUAUGACAACAUUAUCAUGAUUUCUUCCCUAACAGUCGGCGCAAGAAAUAGUUUUUUGUAAUCUGUAGCUACUGACCGAAAUAUGACCAAUAUAAGGCCUGGUUCUGAUUGAACUACGGUUGUUGCCUGCACAACAACGCGAUAUUUUGAAGACAGUGUUUAAACCCAAACGGUGGCCAAGAUUUUUGUCACUGUACUUCAUAUAUUUUUCUUCCCUGGGGCAUGCUAUCGGUUUGAUGGGUGGGGCCGGAAAGCCGGGGCUUCGCGCAAGCAUGAAAUCAUUAAUUUCAAUACAUUAGUCAGGGCAAUCGAUUCUGAAAUGUUUUGUUUCAAUUGAAGUAUUUCAAUCUUUUUCGUCCCACAGGAAAAAAUUGCUCCGAGGAUAUCGACGAGUGUGAGUCUAGUCCUUGUAUAAACAACGGAACAUGCAGAGAUUUAAUAGCUGAUUUUAACUGUACUUGCCCUAGAAACUACACUGGUAAAAGGUGUGAGACCAAGCUCACAUCCUGCGUUCCUAAUCCUUGUUUUAAUAACGGCUCAUGCACGCAACACCCAGAAAACAACAACUACACGUGUGAAUGCUCUCCGGGGUUUGGAGGUGCGCUAUGCGAGAACGUGACCACCAUUGGAUUAAGCGGCUCGUCAUUCAUGUUUUUCCAGCUUGACAGAAACGCCUUCGAGCUUUCGUUUCAGUUUCGGACCACUCUAAGCUAUGGCCUGCUUGCGGCUGAUUCAAAAAGUACUUUUCUUGUGUUUCUCGAAACAGGAAAUGUUACUAUCGUGUACAAUAAGGCUACUAAGCUUUCUGUCGGCAAGACAGCCAGCCUCAGCGAUGGCCACUGGCACACAAUUCAUAUCAACAUAUCUUCAAGCUCUGUGAGCGUGACAGUUGAUAACUCUUCUUGCGGUCAACACUGCGUUGCUUCAUCUUCUCUGCAAACUCAAGUGAGCUUAACAGAUCUUUACGUUGGUGGAUCUCCAGUUGGUCCAAGUUAUGAUCAUAAUACGCUGUAUAAUUUUACUGGCUGCAUCCAGGACGUAACCAUAGACAGGAACACUGUGAUUGCCACAGGCUCACAAGUGUCUUUAGUCAAUACCAGUAUUGGAUGUCUCCGCCGUGAAGUUUGUGCUUCGAACCCCUGUACGCAUGGCAAGUGUGUAGAUAAAUGGAUCAAGUAUAGCUGUGAAUGUGAGCGCCGCUGGAUUGGCCCACAAUGCAAUGCAAGUGAGUAAUAACCAAAACUAAAAGGAUAAGGCUGUUAAAUGUUUUGUUUAAAAUGAGGUGCAAAAACUGUUCCCAUCUGAGACAACAAGCAGGACCAAUACAAGAUAUCAUGUGACAGUAAAAUGUCAGUUUAAACGAGACAAUGCGUGUAAUUACCUGGGUGAUCAUAGUGCAUCAAGUGAUGUUGUAGUUAUUGGUGAUCGAUUGCCAGAGCAAUCAGGCACAUUGUGAUUGAAUGACACUAAUCAACGGGUUUUACAUCUGUACUUCUUAAGUUUGAAUUUCGAGUGAUUGUAGAUUAAGUAACAAUAAGUGUUGUAAUUAAACGAAAAAAUAAGUCACCAGCAAGAAAAGUUAGUCAGUCAAAAUGGCAAAAAAUUGGUUUCCGCAAGAUGCGUUUUUAGUGAUCUGGACAAAAAAUUGCGUUUCCGCAGUUCUCCUUUUUAUCCUUUGCACGAAGAAUAUGAUUUGGUAACGCCCAUGUUCUCUUCAUUUCAGCUUUGAUUCCAGGUUCGUUUGGUGCAACCGAACUGCCGAUACCGGUAACUACUCUCGACAGACGGCGUCGGGAUAUUCAGAGCAUGCAGAGUGCGAGCUUUGCUAAAUUUCUUACCAACCGUACAAGUUUUGGCGCUUCUGGAGAAUUAUCAUUCUUCAUCCGAACUCGAGAACAUAACGGUCUCGUGGUAUUUAUGACAGACAGUGGCGACAACCAUAUUGCUGUUGUUGUUCAUGAAGGAUUCUUGACUAUUCAAGUGAAGUUAGACGGGGUAAAUUCAAAUGUGACGCUCUAUGAAAGCAUAAAUGACGGAGAAUGGCAUUUCGCGGAAAUGCAAGGCAACAUGUUGCGCCUUGAUAACCACACACAGGAAGUUGUUCUAACUGGAGGGAGAAGUAUUAACUUAACUUUCACCUUCAUUGGAGGAUUGGAUGACUAUAAUCGGUUCCCUGAUGCCUUUCUUAUAAGAAACCCAUUUCGGGGCUGUUUGCAGGACAUUCGACUCAACAAUCAAUUGGUUGAUUUCGGCUUUACGUCUCCCUCGUUGAUUUCCAUGGAUCAGUAUCAGUUACUAUCUAGUAGUCAUCUGGGUGAAGGGUGUAAAGGGAUGAACGUCUGUCGUUCCGCUCCGUGUGGUGUUGGAGGAUACUGUAAAGAUUUAUGGAACAAAUAUCAGUGUGACUGCAAACCACGCUAUGGUGGGACGGACUGUGCAUUGUAUGGUUGUGCCCUGGUCAACCUGUGUCCUGCCAAUACAACUUGCAGAGAUGUCGGUGAAAAUUACGAGUGUAAGUGGUCAACUAUUUUAUAUAUUUAUUCUUUUAUUCUAGAAGUUUUUUGGCAUAAAUUUUGUGCCAACAAUAUCACCCCUGAAGGGUCCAAUUUUCUGUAACAAAAGACUCAGUAUCACCAGCCACGUCUUUUGGAUUGAUAUCCCUUCAGGAUCUUAAUUUUCCAGCUAAAUACUAUUUUCGGCCGCUAUCACUUUCGGACUCUUAAAUUGCGCAAGUAGGUUGGAGCAACGAAAAUUGAUCCGAGCGUUUAAACGGUGUCAAUUCAAUCCAAUAUUUUCCAAUAUCUGUGUACGUAGACAAAGUUGUUGAUAAGAGCAAUUUUAGACGAAAGCCCAAACUAUGUUGCAACGCUCUUCCAACGAGCUUUCAAUGUUAUUUCAAUGUUUCUUACCAAUAUUGAAAGACUUGGUCACGCGGUGCCAAGUCAUUAUUGCUAAGUGUUGAAGCAUUGCUGGAACCCACGCACGCUCUCAUCAAUGCCAGAAAUGGUAUUGAAGCGAAAGGGUGCUUGUCAUCAACGUAUCUGCAAAGGCUCCUAUGUGCUUUUUACACGGUUAGGUUUGACUUCAUAACUAGCUUGGCUUUGCCAUUCGACCCUCUGAUCAGAGACAGUGGGGAAUUCUGUGUGUAUGGGACUCAGGGUAGAGAGAAUUUAGAAUUUUUUCUUGUCUAUUUGAUAGGUGUCCAUCCUGUGGCAUUAAAUGGCAGUUCAAGCAGUACAGUGUUCAUAUUCACUUCAAACGUUAAUGUCAGCUUUAAUGUGUCCCUGAGAGUGCGGACAAGACAGCCAUCAACUAGUUUGAUUGACAUGAAUCAAGACCGGAAUACUUUCUUUAAAAUAGAGGUCGCGAACGGGCGAGUAAGAACCCAUUACCUUUUAGAAGGAGAAAGUGGUUUAAUAUUGUCAGGUAAGAGUCAAUACAGUUCGGCACAAAAUUCGGGGAAAUCUGUGUAUGUACCGAGGAUGUUCUACCCUUAAAUAUAGGUCAUACUGCUGUGAACCUAUACUAUUUAUCAGUGCAUGCUGCAACGUAUCGCCUUGUGUAUUUUAAACUGUUUAAAGUUCUCAGAUAGAAACAUGUUCACGAUACAUUUCAAUGUUAUAAUCUGGUAAACUAAUACCUAACGACGAAACGCAUGACCUAAUGAAUAUUUGGCUGGGUACCCUGACUCCAGAGGUCCGUUCUCGAAAUACCUAGGAUGAAGUAAACCGUACUUACGGUUUGAGAAAGAGCGAGGCGCUUCGCCGCGAACUAUCAGGAAUUAUAUAUAUAGGUAAAAAAAAUAAUAACCUCUAGAAAGCAGGGUAAUGGUUGGGAGGGAAUUUAUUAAAACUACGGAACACAGCCAGGACCCACCUAUCUACAGAAAGGCUUGUGGUGUCUCAGCGUACCCUAUUAUAUUGGGACACCGUCAACUUUUCAGGAACUUCCGUCAACUUAAAACCUUAAAUUUUGGUUUGUGUUUGUAUUUUCAGAUGUUGUUGUUAAUGACGGCCGAUGGCAUGAAGUCGUCUUCAUCGUCACCAAUAAUCAAAGUCAUGUUACUGUAGACGGUAGCGAGACUUAUAACUCAUCCAGACUUCAUAGUAGGGAAAUAACCGGCUUAUUACAACGCGCUUCAGUUUUGGCUGGCAACUCGGUGUUUAAAGGUUGCUUAGAUAAUGUUCGCAUCGGAGGUCUUUUGCUCCCGUUUGUUGAUUACUAUAACGGUACAUUGAAUGUAAGUCAUGUGACACCAUUGAAACCUCACUUUAACGCCACCAUCCGCGGAAUACAGCUUGGUUGCCAUGGUGAUGAUGUCUGCGCCGUGAGUCCUUGUGUGCGCGGUGUAUGCGGUGACGUCUGGAACCAGUUCACGUGUGCGUGUCCCGAGGGAUGGGCGGGAAAUGUUUGUAACCUGACCGCUAACAUGACUUGCGCACACUCACCUUGCGUGAAUGGCACGUGUUAU